GCAAAAUGCCUCCCAGGGCACGUGGCGGCUGAGCAGAGGAGCUCCGCACCCAAGAGAGGUGUCUGGCACCACGGAGGAGGAGUCGCUGCCACCUUCCGGUGGCCUUGGAAGGGGCACCUGUCAGUCCUGUGAGAAAAGGCACCAUCCUCAGCUGCCCUUCCGAGGAGCCUCUUGGGAGAAGAGCAGAGGCCAACAAGAGCUGUGGCCUCUGACCUCGGGGCGCAGCCAGCCCAGCCGCUGAGGGUCACUCCCUGCGUCCCCUGGAGAUGCCAGCCAAGACUCCCAUCUACCUGAAGACCUCGACCCCCAAGCGGGGCCGGAAGUUGCGCCUGCGGGACGUGCUCUCCAGCGACAUGAUCAGCCCCCCGCUGGGCGACUUCCGCCACAGUGCCCACAUCGGCUUGGAUGGGGAGGGCGACAUGUUUGGGGAGCUCUCCUUCCUGCAGGGCAAGUACGACCUGCUGCCCCGCCUGGGCCGCUGCGGGGGCUCCCCGGGGGGCGGGGGCUACCGUACCCUCCUGAAGAGUGCCGUCUCCCUGCCUGCCUUCAGCGGGGCCCAGGACCAGGCACCCCCCAAGCCGCCCCGCCUCCACCUGGAAGAGAUGCCCAGUGGCGGGGGGCAGGGGCGCUCCAUGUCAGUUGGCUGCGCCGAGGGCUGUUUCCACAGCAGCAGCGCCACUGCCGAAGGCCUCUCCUUCUCCGCCACACCUGCCCCUCACUACGAGCCGCUGGCCUCUUCCGUCUCCUUCUCGGGGCCCCCACCAGAAGGCAGCUGUUUUCUGGGGGACAGCAGGUACCGUGAGGUGGCCAGCCAGGAGUGCCCCUGUGGGGGAGCCGCCGCCCUGCCUCGCUCGGAGUCCCUGCUGCGCCUCGACCUUGACCUGGGGCCCUCCAUCUUGGAUGACGUCCUGCGCAUCAUGGAGGAAUACCAGCGGCCUGCGCCCAAAGCCCUGUAGAGCAUCUGCCUGCCCACGCGCCCCUCUCCAGCUCCACCAGUGUGGCUGUGGCCUUCCUGCUGACUGUCCCCAGAGGGGCUGGACUUGCGGAGUCCUGGGAUGACAAGGAGAGGCAGCCCCUCUUGCCUGCUCAAGGGCCCAGGCAGGCAGCAAGGAGAGGCAGGGGCUUGGCCAGGAGCUGAAUUGAGGGGGGGUCUUUGCUGAAAGAGAAUGGGGGGCAGCCAGCUGCUGUUGCCUCCUGCAACGCCAGAGGAGAAGCAGCUCCAACCACGCCAGGUCCCACCCAAGGGAUGGCAAGGAGGCACCACCUUGCAGCUGCCAACCUCAGGCCACGGCCAAGGUCCACCUGGCCCAGCCACAGGGGACACAAAGGCACAGGGGACACAAAGGCAACAGCCUCCCCACCCCCCUUGGCAUUUGUCCUCUAUGUGGAGAUAGACUUCCUCUGAAUAUGGAGGUUCUGCAUAGCUAUCAUGACUUAAUGAGCCACUGGGCAGACCUCCCCCGUCUCCAGGAUUGUUUUAUUUCGAUGGCAUCCUAUAUUGGGACCCAGAGCAAUGUUUUGGGACAGGUGGAUUCUGUGCAUUAAAUGUUGUCCUCUUGCCUCAAAGGGAAAGUGCUCCAGCCCCCUCACCGUUUGGGUGGCCCUUUUCUCAGGUCUACAGACGUGCUCAAAGCAUUCCAACAUAACUGAGAUUUGUUUAAGGGCAUUAUCAUAGAAUGGUAGAGUUGGAAGGGAUCCCCAAGGGUCCUCUAGUCAAACCCCUUGCAAUGCAGGAAUCUCAGCUCUAGCUUCCCUGGCAGGUGGGCAUCCAGCCUCUGCUUUAAAAUCUCUGAGGAAGGAGAGCCCACCCCCUCCCCCUUGGGAGACUGUUCCACUGUGGAGCAGCUCUUGCUGUCAGAAAGCUCUUCCCAGUGUUUAGUCAGAAUCUCCUUCCUUAUAACUUGAAGCCUUCGGUUCAGACCUGACUCUGGAGCAGCAGAAAACAAGCUUGCUCCAUCUUCCAUGUAACAGCCCUCUAGAUACAGGUGAAACUCGGAAAAUUAGAACAUCAUCGAAAAGUGCAUUUCAGUAAUGCAACUUAAAAGGUGAAACCAAUAUAUGAGAUAGAUGCAUGACAUGCAAAGCAAGAUAUGUCAAGCCUUUAUUUGUUGUAAUUGUAAUUAUUUGUCGUUAGGCGGGUCAAUUAUAAACGGAAUGUAAUUAAUGAAAUGUAAUAGCGAUGUUUAUUUUUGUAUUAUUGUAACUAUUUGUUUUAUUACUGUGGAAUUUCCAAAAGAAAGCAUUUGUAAAAAUUAAAAGAAAAAUAAAUAAUAAUAAGUUGCAUUACUGAAAUAAAUGUACUUUUCGACGAUAUUCUAAUUUUCUGAGUUUCACCUGUGUUUGAAGAUGGCUCUCAUAUUUCCAUCUCAGUCUCUCCCAGGCUAAACAUACCCAACACCCUCAAACGUUCCUCAUCAGGCUUGGUUUCCUGACCCUUGAUCAUCUUGGUCACCCUCCUCUGCCCACCUUCCAGCUUGUCAACAUCCUCCUUAAAUUGUGGUGCCCAGAACUGGACACUGACCAAGGCAGAAUAGAGUGAGACCAUGACUUCCCUUAUCUGGACACUAGACUUCUAGCAUUUGGGCUUUUUUGCUGCUGCAUCACACUGUGGACUCAUGUUCAGCUUGUGUUCCACCAA